AUGCCGCCACCAUUUACCUCGCAGUCGUCUUACAAGUCGGGCCAUCGAGGUCUCGACAUGUUCUCACCGGUCGAUCAGAAUGGGAGUUUUUGUUUUGAUCGUGUGAUCAAGAGUGGAAAGGUGCAUCGACGGGUCAAGAACAAAGGAGCAUGGAAACCCUCGUGGAAACAAGCAUACCUGGUCCUCCGCCCAAACCUUCUCUCUGUCUACCAGAACCCAGAUGAGACCGACCUGAAGGCUUCCAUAACCUUGUCCGAAGUCACGGCUGUGGCCCGGGUACGGAAGGCCCAUACCGACCAUGUUUUCGGCGUCUUCUCCCCUUCCAAGAACUACCAUUUUCAAGGAGCUUCCGAGGCAGACACGGAGGAUUGGAUUGCGCAUAUUCGCCUGGAAUCAAGGAUGGACGAGGAUGACGGCUUGGAUCUCAAGGCACGGCAGUUCUCAAGCAAGCAUCCUGACCAGUCGAAUACAUACGAGUCUACCGACAUAUCAGCUGAUGAGAUGCACCGUGCCCCUGGCUCUCCAGAGGGUCAUUCAGCCACGACGCAGAAUAGAACACGCACUGGCUCAUUACUCGCAGGCCGACAAAGAGCUCACUCUACUCUGCAAGAAUACUCCGGCAACGAGCAAUUCACAACAUCCCAUUCCGACUUCUCAGACACUCUUAGCAGUUCACUGCCGAAGCAUUCUUCUACUUCACUCUCGAAACAGCCUGUCCUCACUCCCAUCGCCUCAUCCGGCCACCUGGCCGAGAAGCUCAACCCGACCGCAACCACAACAUUUACUCAACCUCCACCACCAACCCAUUCCGACUUGGCAGGCACCACAGACCCUGAACGCGUCGUUCGCCAGGGCCACCUCCAAAUUCUCAAAUCGCGCAAGACUGGCGUCAAGGGCUGGAAAAGUAUCUGGGUGGUGCUCCGGCCCCGAAGUCUUUCCUUCUACAAGAAUGGCGCCGAAUAUGCGGCUGUCAAGAUCCUCCCUAUGCACACCAUCGUCAAUGCCGCCGAGAUUGAUCCAAUCAGUCGAAGCAAGAGCUUCUGUUUUCAGAUCAUCACGGAUGACAAGACUUAUCGAUUUUGUGCGCCGGACGAGGAGGAGUUGGAUCGAUGGCUCGGCGCGAUCAAGAGUGUGUUGGCAAGGAGGAACGAAGCGGAGAAGGCUGCCGUUGCCAAAGCCAUGGAGAAGGAACUUCGGAAAGAGAAAGGGAAAGGAAAGGACAAGGGCAUUGUCGAGGCAACAGCCAACUUGACCCUGAGGGCGACGCCCCAAGCCGUCUGA